ACGGCAGAGGCCUGCACGUAACGUAACGCACGGCGCUGUAGCGGAUCCCCCUCCUCCACCUCUCUCUCCUCCAGGCGCCGCCGGUUCUCCUUUCCUCUCCUCCUUCGACUCCCUCCGCCGCCGCCGCCGCCGCCGACACGUACGGGCCAGGGUCCAACCCCCGAAGCCAGGGCUAGCCGAGGCCUGUCUGAGCAACGGUUUUCCGCAUUGCUGCUUAUCCGCUGACGAAGAACUCCCACCAGCCCCAAAUCCCAGCGGAAGAUGCAGGCCAAGAAGCUGACGCUCCUGCAGACGGUGGCUGCCGCCGGAGUCUUCUCAGCCGUCUCCUUCUGGUACGGCUUCAUGUUUGGGAGGGAGUCUGCGCGGCGCGAGCUUGGCGGCAUCAUCGACGACCUUCGCAGCGGCUCCACGGCCACCUCUGCCGCGCCCUCCCCCGACUCCCACGCUCACCCCAAACCAUAGUGCGAUCCUGCUCUAAGGAGGUGGGUAUUAGAAGAGUUGCCAAACAGUUCUGGUAAAAAAGAAACAUUUUCAGAUGAAGUCUAAGCAAUUAGUAGACCUAUGUUUAGCAGGUUUCCUUUUGUGCUUUUCUUACGCAAACAAAUUAUGUUACAGUGUGAUUUGGUCAUCAAUUCUUCCACUGUAUAACAAUGGUGUACAUUCGCUCUCCUGGCGCACCUAAGCUGGAAAGUGGCAGUGGAUAAUCCGAAA